AUUGUGCACUACAUUUGGCAUCUAUAUAUCAAAAGGAGUAUCAGGUUUCCAUGGACUCGACUCCCGUUCUAUGUAAUAUCACAGGUUUUUGGAGCCUUUCUGGGUGCAGCCACAGUUGCUCUUCAGUAUUAUGAUGCCAUAUUCCAUUACAUGGCAGGUAUAUUCUCCACUUACCCUGCAGAGUACCUGAGUGUAUGGGGAGGAGUUGUAGACCAGGUGAUAGGCACAGCAGCCUUGCUGGUCUGCGUUCUAGCGCUGAGUGAUUGCCGCAACAAUCCAGCCCCCCCUGGUCUGGAACCCAUCCUGGUGGGUGCAGUUGUCAUGGUAAUUGGUAUCUCAAUGGGCUCAAACAGUGGCUAUGCCAUCAAUCCAGCCCGGGACAUCAGGCCUAGAGUCUUCACCUUCAUUGCUGGCUGGAGUGAUGAGGUUUUCAGGACUGGAGAUGGAUGGUGGUGGUGGGUGCCCCUGGGGGCCCCUUGUGUAGGUGGCCUUGUUGGAUCAUUGAUUUAUGAGCUGCUGAUUGGAGUGCACCAUCCUGAGCCAGACCUCAACAAGACAGUGGUCACAUUGCAGGAACUGGAAGGAGUGCAGCAAAACUCUGAUGAACCAAAAGAGUUUAGCAUAGUGUGUCAGGAGAUGGCCAUGUGA